UGCUGGGCCCUGGGUGCAGCCGUUCCUGCCCCGCGGUGCCGGGCCUGGCGCUGCCGCAUUGCCUGCACCCCUGUCCUGGCAGGCAGCACCAGCUGGAGGAGAGGCUGCUGCUGUCGGGGAAGUUCUCGGAGGCGCUGCAGGCGCUCCUGGACUGGCUGUACCGCGCCGAGCCGCAGCUCAGCGAGGAUGCGCCCGUCGGCGGCGACCGCGACCUGGUCAGCGACCUGAUGGACAAGCACAAGGUGUUCCAGAAGGAGCUGGGCAAACGCGCCGGCUGCGUGCGGGCGCUGACGCGCUCGGUGCGGGACCCGGCGCGCGGGGACUCGCCGUGGCUGCAGCGGCAGCUGGAGGAGCUGAGCAUGCGCUGGGACCUGGUCUGCCGCCUGUCCCUGGGCAGGCAGGCGCGGCUGGAGGCAGCGCUGCGCCAGGCUGAAGAGUUCCAGAGCCUGGUGCAGUCAUUCCUGCGCCGCCUCGGCGAGUCCGAGCAGAGCCUCAAGUACGGCGCCAUCCCCGAGGAGGAGGCGGCCGUGCAGCAGUGCCGAGACCUGCUGCAGGAGCUGCUGCAGUCGCUGCAGUGCCAGCAGCUGGAGCUGGAGUGCAUCACCUCGCUGGGGGAGGAGAUCCUCUCCUCCUGCCACCCCGACUCCGUCGUCACCAUCAAGUCCUGGGUCACCGUCACCAAGAGCCGCUUCCAGGAGGUGCAGCGCUGGGCGCAGCAGCAGGGCGAGCGGCUGCAGGCGCAGGCGUCGCGGCUGGCGGCCGAGCGGGAGGAUGCGGCGCAGCUCCUGGAGUGGAUGGCGGCGGCCGAGGAGGCGCUGGGGCUGCGGGACACGGAGCCGCUGCCGCAGGAGGUGGAGCCGCUGCAGGAGCUCAGCGCGCAGCACGCGGUCUUCAUGGAGGAGCUAAACCGCAAGCAGCCUGACGUGGAGAGGGUGACCAAGAGCUGCAAGCAGAAGCUGGCCGCAGAGCUGGGCCCACCGGUGGCGCGCCGGCUGGCCUCACGGCGCCGCAGCGCGGGGAAGGCACCGGCGGAGCUGCCCGGAGCACCGGAGCCCCAGAGCCCGCUCACGGCGCAGGUCCUGCAGCGCUGGCAGCAGCUCUGGCUCCUGGCGCUGGACCGGCAGUACCGGCUCGAGACGGCCCUGCAGCGCCUGCGGGAGCUGGAGGAAUUCGCUCACUUCGACUUCGGGGUCUGGCGCAAGCGCUACAUGCACUGGAUCGGGCAGAUGAAGUCCCGGGUCCUCGACGUCUUCCGGGGCAUUGACCGGGACCAGGACGGGCGCAUCAGCCAGCGGGAGUUCAUCGAGAGCGUCCUCUCCUCCAAGUUUCCCACCAACGUCCUGGAGAUGAACGCUGUCGCCAGCAUCUUUGACAUGAACGGCGAUGGCUUCAUUGACUACUGCGAGUUCGUCAGUGCCCUGCACCCCAGCCGGGACCUGCUGCGCCGCGGCGCCGAUGCCGACCAGAUCCAGGACGAGGUGAACCGGCAAGUGGCCCAGUGCAACUGUGCCAAGCGGUUCCAGGUGGAGCAGAUCAGUGCCAACAGGUACCGGUUCGGGGAGUCGCAGCAGCUGCGGAUGGUGCGGAUCCUGCGCAGCACCCUCAUGGUGCGCGUCGGUGGCGGCUGGAUCGCGCUUGACGAGUUCCUGGUGAAGAACGACCCCUGCAGAGUGAAGGGAAGAACCAACCUGAAGAUCAACGAGAAGUACCUGAGCACGGAGGCCUUCGGGGCGGGCGCAGGCAGCGCCUCCUCCCCCUCCUCCAAAGCGCUGUCCCCGACCCGCUCCAGCUCCAGCCUCAGCCUCUACAGCAGCGCCUCAGCGCCCUGCAGCCCCCUGGCCAGGAAGUCGGUGCAGCGCCGGACGCGCUCUGGUGACCGCUGCCCCCGCGCCCGCGGCUCCCUCCUGCCCGACGCAGCCGAGCUGCAGCUCCCCGCGGCUGAGCAGGGCCUGGCUGCAGCACCGGCAGAGCCACCCGAGGGGUCCCCCCCGCAGCGGUGCAGCCCCUGCCGCUGACCCCCGCACCAGCACCCUCGGCCGGCCCCACUCAGGACCCUCCUGUCCGCUGGAGGAUAGCGGAGGUGCAGCCAUGUGCCCGCAGGUCUGACCCGCGCUGCUGCUGCAGCAUGCGUGCAACCCCCUGCCCCACAGCACCCCUCUGAUCCACAGCACCCCUGUGCCUCACAGCAAGCCCCUGGUCCGGCUGCUGCAGCCCCUGCCCCGCUGCAGCCCCGGUGAUGUGCUCCAAGCACCCACUGCAGCCACAGCAUUUGGGGCAGUGGGGCUGGGGCAGCCCAGACGCCACCGUGAUGGGCUCUAGCCCUUGGGGUGGCUGCCGGUGCCAUUGGUGCUGGGUUGGGGGUUCCCCCCCUGCCAUCAGUGCUGGGUAGGGGCUCCCCCCAUCCUGCUGCCCGCAC